UUGCAUAUGUUGUCCAUAACUUUAAACUAAUAAUAAUAUAACUUGAGUCUAAUAGGAGAAAUAGAGUAUAAUAUCUAUACUGAAAAUACUCGAUUAACUUAGAACAUCUUUUUCAAUCAGAUUAUAUCAUGACAAAUAUAGAUCGAAUUAAAAUAUUUGUUAUCAAUAUCGGAAUGGAAACGUCUUACGUGUCAUCUCGAACAGAGCAUCUCCGUCAAACUGUGUUGAUUUGGUCUGAGUUGUAAUUAUGAGACGCAGUGCAUUCAAAAGCAAAGAAACAAUCAAAAUAAGAAUAUUAUAGGUUGUGCGAAUGCUUGUGUGAAUACAUGCGUAUGAGCAAGUAAUGUUUGUGUACAUUAAAUUCUUAAUGCAUUUUAAAUUUAGCGCAAUAUUGUUGCAUAUUUAAAUUGUGCCAAUUAUGUGAUUUAAAAAUUACAUAAACUUGAUGGGAAAAUAAAUGUUGGUAGAGUGCGAAGCGAAACUUGCUUGUAUGUAAAAAUAUUGUAAGAGGGGCAGUGGAAAGGCAGAAAUUGGUAAAUCAGUUAACGGAAAUCAUAUUUCAAAAUCACCAAAGCUGUAUAACCAACGCUACACUCGAACGUUUUUCACAAUGUCUGAUCUUGGAAGCGGCGACGAUGGCAUGUCAGGAUCAAAAUAUAAUGCGAGCAAUAUGGAAGGCUCUUCAAGUAGAAAUGAUUUUGAAUCGGGAAAAGCUAGCAGUGCUGUCGAACAAGAAUUGGCGACAAAAAUGCUUCAAAUCCAAUCGAAACGAUUUUACUUGGAUGUUAAACAAAAUCGUCGGGGACGCUUUAUAAAGGUGGCUGAGAUUGGAGCAGACGGCAGAAGAAGUCAAAUAUAUUUAGCUCUGUCGACAGCAGCUGAGUUUCGUGAUCAUCUAUCAUCUUUCAGUGAUUAUUAUGCAUCUCUAGUUAAUCGAAACGCAGGGCCACCAAACACUGACAAUUUACCGGAGGAUGGCAAAUUAAAAUCAGAGAUGAUGAUCAAGGACAAUCGAAGAUAUUAUUUGGACUUGAAAGAAAAUGCACGAGGAAGAUUUUUAAGAGUUUCGCAAACAAUAACAAGAGGUGGACCCAGAUCUCAAAUCGCAUUGCCAGCUCAGGGUAUGAUCGAGUUUCGCGACGCGUUAACUGAUUUGUUGGAAGAGUUUGGAGCUAAUGAUACAGGAUUUAAAGGUGAUUUACCCGAAGAGCGGCAUAUGAAAGUGGACAACAAGAACUUUUACUUUGAUAUAGGACAAAAUAAUCGAGGUGUUUACAUGCGAAUAAGUGAGGUGAAGAAUAAUUUUCGUACUUCUAUAACUAUACCUGAAAAGUGUUGGCUACGAUUUCGCGAUAUUUUCAAUGAUUAUUGCGAUAAAAUAAAAAAGUCUCCUGAUGCUAAUACUGCCGACAACAUUGUACCAUCAACAGCUAACAGUCUUAAAUAAUGUGCAAUAAUGAGUUAAAUCAUAAAUUUAUCCAACAAGAGAUGCACACACUAAACAUAAAUUUAAAACCUUUUUUUUUUAAUUAUCGUCUGCGUAUCGAGCAAUGCAACUGGAGAAUGACAGAUGGAGAAUGAUAAUGGACAGUAUAAUCAGUAUGGAUAAUGGAGUGUGGUAAAUCGUGGAUAAGGAAAAAUAGAUAGAAAAUAGUAGAAUACAAGGGAAGCUGGAAGUGUUGUAGAUGUAGACAUAAAAUUUUUAAUGUGGAAUCAUCUCCCCCACUCCACAACAUAACAAAAUUAAUAAUGGCCUGACGGAUAUGUAAAUAGGUUUUAUGUAUUAAGCCAGCUGCUAAAAAUAAACCCAAAAACAUGUGAUCUUUUUCUGUUAAAAUAUCAUCUCUUGAUAUAAAAUGUAAACAAUGGCUCGAAGAAAAAUAUGUGUAUUUAUAUAAAAUA